AUGUCUUCCACUUUGGAUAUAAAUCCAUCAAUAUCCCGAAAGCGCAAAAUAGCCCCUGCUGAACCAAAAAUAGCAUUAGGAAUGACUGAUGACUGGUCACAGUAUGUCGUUCACUCCCCACUUUCAUCUCCCAAAUCAGCUACAGAGGAAUCCUUCCAGACUGGCACCAAAAAUUACUGGGGAAUGUCUUUGAAGGAGCUCCUAGAAUCAAGGCGCAACUCUAUCAAUGUUGCAUCUGUAGCUAGAGCUAACUCACAAGCUAUGUUUAUUCAUUUUGAAGGAAAUGAUGUCGAGUCUUGUGAGUCAGCCGUCGAGCCUAAACCUAAUCCCGAGCUGUUGUCGUACUAUCAGAAUAUAUUGAAAGAGCGUCAACAUAAGGAUAUGGGUUCUAAGAUCAUAACCUCCAUCCCAAAAGUUCCCGAGUCUAUCGCUUCAUCGUGCCUUUCAGAAAGCAUCCAAAUUCCAGCUGGUCUGCCCAAUACCCCUGAGCUCUUUAGCUCUGACACCAUGGAGAUCUACCACACUGAUUCUGAUAAUGAUUCUCAUUGCAACUUCUCGCUCGCAACGGCGUUUCCGGAAAUGGACUUUGGUCUAAAAACAGAAGAGACAUCAAAUGGAAUGGACGCACUAUUCUCCGAUCUCUCUGCUGCAGCUGCUGUGUUGAAUGAUUCGGAUGCCUCUGAACACUAUUUUGAUGGCCGUCGCAAAUCUUCAAUGGCUUCCUUGACGGGCAACAUGGAGGAUAUGGGAUUUCAAACGGAUCUUCCACUGCUUGCUCACGUUCAUAAGCGCAGAAAGUCUAUCCAUCCUUCACCGCCUAUGUCCCCCGCACACACACUUCCUUCACUCUCCCCUUCUCCGUCACCAUCCAUGAGUAAUCCCAUGUUUACUCAAUCUCUAUUCCCAACCGAUACCACGGAUGCCUCAACAACAAAACACCCAUUUAUAUUGCCGGCCGAAUUAGACCCUAAUACGCUAACAAGCAUAGCUCUCAGAUGCAUUGAGCCUGCAGUUGAUGUUGAAAGGCUCAAGCCACUGGUGACGAAAUACAUGAACAUGCGAUCACCUGCAACCUCCGGUGAACGCACUGUUAUGAUAUUGACAAGCAAGGUAGCUCAAAAAAGCUAUGGUACAGAGAAAAGAUUUUUAUGCCCUCCUCCUACUACUCUUUUGUUGGGCUCCUCAUGGUGGACACCAAACCAUGAUAGCGAAAGCACUGUUGCUGGCAGCAGUCAAUCACUGAGCGCACCCAAGAUCAAUAUUUCCAUUUCAGGUGAACCAACGAGUCAACAAGGCGUAUUGGAAUGGCAUACACAGUCGUCCGAUACGUCAGCUGGAACUGAUAAUGUGUCGAACGUCAGUGGUAAAUGUGUCUCCAAGCACUUGUAUAUCAACGACGCUGACGACAAGCGUAAGCGUGUAGAGUGUUUGGUCAACAUUCAGCUUGCAAAUGGAAGAAACCUCGGUACAGUGGCUGGCAACAGCAUUAAGGUCAUUAGCAAGCCUAGCAAGAAACGCCAAAGCGUGAAGAACGUUGAGCUCUGUAUUCAUAAUGGAUCCACCGUAUCUCUCUUCAACCGUAUCCGAUCUCAAACUGUCUCGACAAAGUAUCUUGGUGUCAACAACUCUCAAGAUGCUAUCCCAAUGAACUUCCACCGCUGCAAUAGCACAGGUGCUGCCAAGCCUACUAAUACGUCCUUUGUGGCUCGAACAGGCUCUUGGGAUCCGUUCGUUAUGUGGAUUGUCGAUACCACUCUUGGCACCUCUACCGCUGCUCGUGUCCCUCAUGAUCCAACCUCCCCUCUUCCUGCUCCUCCAGCCAUUGCCGUUCGCAACCCUACAGAUGCCCCUCUUCCUAUUCACUAUAACCAGCCUGUUGUGUUGCAAUGCGUUACCACUGGUUUGGUCAGUCCUGUCAUGGUGGUUCGAAAAGUUGACAAGGGUAGCAUGGUCGUCGGUGGUGUUAGAGUUGCCCCAGGUGCUACUCGUGCCGGUGGUGAAUGCGCUGAUGAAAGUCUAGGAGAUCCAGUGUCUCAACUCCACAAGAUCGCCUUCCAAAUUGUUCAAGAUGCUCCUGCUCAACCUGAUAACUCUGAGCCCUUCUUAAGCGGCUUCCAUUUGCCAAGGUCAUCUGGUGGUGCCACUUAUCUGGCUUGCAUCAAUGAUGCGGUCGGUAUGCAUCGUGCAGCUGGACCUCGUAUGGCUGCCAAAUUUGAGAAGAAGAAGACGCCAUCUGUGUCAUCGACUGGAGAAGAUAGACCUAAGGCUGUACGCAAGAGACGAGCCAAUCCCGAUGCCCUUUCCAAGAAAGCUUUGGGUUGCGCAUGGACUGAGGACGCUUCUGAUGCUUCCGUAUGGACUAUUGUUGGCACCGACUGUGCAACUUAUAGCUUCUGGGUUCCUCAAGAGUCGUCGUUCAGUGAUGCGUUCAAGGGUUCAGCCGAUUCCGCUCCCCUUGCUCCUUUCCCCAAUGUCAAGUCGCUUACUCUCCAUCCCAACAGCUUUGCCACUCUUCAAGGCGAUAACUUGACCCCAGACCUCUCCAUCUGGUUCGGUGGAUGCCCUGUCACAGCCGAACUUCGAGGUCCUCAAACCAUCACUUUUGCCAUUCCCAGUCCUCAUCAACUUGCAGAAUCUGCUGGUGUAGUGGAUGACAAUGGCACUAAAAAAAUUCCUAUCCUAUUGGCCCGCCCAGAUGGUGUUGUCUAUCGCACAGGCAAAUACUGGAUACUGUAA